AUGAAUAUUAAAAAAGAAGAAAAUGAUUUUGAUAUAGAAGAUAGCAUGAAGUGUACUUUAUCUUGUUUAAGUAAAGAAGAUGAAGAUAUGUUUUGUAACUCACAAGAAUUUUAUAUGUCACAGGAAAAUAAAAAUAAUGUUGGAGAUAUUAAUUUUACAAAUAAAAGAAAUAAUGGUUACGUUAAUGAGCAGGAAAAUAAUGAUAGUUUAGAAAAUAAAGAUAGUUCAGAAAAUAAAGAUAGUUUAGAAAAUAAAGAUAGUUCAGAAAAUAAAGAUAGUUUAGAAAAUAAAGAUAGUUCAGAAAAUAAAGAUAGUUCAGAAAAUAAAGAUAGUUUAGAAAAUAAAGGUAGUUCAGAAAAUAAAGAUAGUUUAGAAGAGGAAAGUGAUUUAGAAGAUUUAACAACAGAAAGCUCAGAUGAAGAUAUUGUAAGAAAAAAACGACCAAUCAAAAGGAAAUCUUUUUCAAAACUAAAAAAAAAGCCAAAAGUUGUUGAAAAGAAAAAAUCUACAAAAAAGGCAUCUAGUAAAAAUAAUUCUGAUACACAAGAAGAGGUUAACAAAUAUAAUUUAAAAAACGAUAAACUAAAAGUAUUUGAUUUUUUGUAUAACAUUAAUAGACCGGUAAGCAGUGCAGAACUUUUACUAAAUUUUAAGAAACAGAUUACUAAUUCAUCUUUACAAACUAUUUGUACUAAAUUAGAAGAGAAAGGUCUUAUUAUUAUGAAAUUAUAUGCAAAGACAAAGAUUUACAUGAUUUCACCCAGUGUAUUUGAUAUGAGUGAAUUAGAAACUAAUAAAAAUAAAUUAAAAGUACUUGCAGAUGAAAAUGAAUUAUUAAAAAAGACUUAUAUUUCAUUAAAUAAUGAAUAUAAAAAUUUUCAGAGUAUGGACACAGAGGAAGAAUUAGAUAAUAAAAUUGAUGAGUUAAAUAAAAAAAUUACAAUUUUACAAGACAGAGUGCAACUGCGUGAUGAAGGUCUUUUAGUCAGUAAAAAGGAGAUUGAAAAUUACAAUGAAAAGGUAAAAAAAGUUAUAAAAAUAAAAAAAGAAAGAAGUAAAAUUUUAAAUGAUAUUUUAGAAAUGCUGUGUGAAAAUAUGAAUAUAAAGAAAAAAGAAUUAGUUGAGGAAUUGGAACUAGAAAUGUAA